CCCCGCUGCUGCCCUUGGCCUUUGGCCGCCCCCCCGGUGGCCUAGCCCUCGGACCCUGAGGCCUGCCGGCCGCUGCCCGCUGGUGGGGACCUCAGGAAUCAUGGCCCAAGUAGCAAUGUCUGCCCUGCCCGUGGAAAAUGAGGCGUCCUCAGAGAGCAGGAUGGUGGUGACGUUCCUCGUGUCAGCUCUGGAGUCCAUGUGCAAAGAACUGGCCAAGUCCAAGGCAGAAGUGGCCUGCAUCGCAAUGUAUGAAACAGACGUGUUUGUCGUGGGAACUGAGAAAGGACGAGCUUUUGUCAAUGCCAGGACGGAUUUGCAAAAGGAUUUUGCAAAAUACUGCAUAGCAGAAGGCCUGCCUGAGGUGAAACCCCCGCUCCCGGUGAACAGGACACAGCUCCACUCGGGAGAAGCGGAAAUACUCAGAAAAGCAGUUGAGGACUAUUUCUGCUUUUGUUAUGGUAAAGCAUUAGGAACAACAGCAAUGGUGCCUGUUCCGUAUGAGAAGAUGCUGCGAGAUCAGUCGGCUGUGGUAGUACAGGGGCUUCCAGAGGGAGUUGCCUUUCAGCACCCAGAGAACUAUGAUCUUGCAACUCUGAAAUGGAUUUUGGAGAACAAAGCGGGGAUCUCAUUCAUCAUAAACAGACCUUUCCUAGGUCCGGCAGAUCAGCUAGGUGGCCCUGGCAUGGUAACAGAUGCUGAGCGAUCAGUGCCGUCGCCAAGUGAAAGUUGUGGCCCCAUCCAUGUGAAAACUGAACCCAUGGAAGAUUCUGGCAUUUCAUUGAAAGCAGCAGCUGUGUCAGUCAAGAAAGAAUCGGAGGAUCCUAACUACUAUCCAUAUAAUAUGCAAGAAAGCCAUCAUUCCUCUGCAAUCAAUGAAGUAAUUGAAAUGGAACUGCCAAUGGAAGAUUCUACUCAGCUUGUCCCUUCAGAAUCGAAUGAGAACCCUGAAGCCAAGGUGAAAAUUGAAGGAAACACGAAUUCAUCCAAUAUUUCAAGUUCUGCAAAAGGUGUAGAAGAUCUUAACAUCGUUCAGGUGACAAUUCCAGAUAAUGAGAAGGAAAGGUUAUCAAGCAUUGAAAAGAUAAAACAACUCAGAGAACAAGUCAAUGAUCUCUUUAGCCGAAAAUUUGGUGAAGCCAUUGGAGUGGAUUUCCCUGUGAAAGUUCCCUACAGGAAAAUCACAUUCAACCCUGGCUGUGUGGUCAUCGAUGGCAUGCCCCCAGGGGUGGUAUUCAAAGCCCCUGGUUACCUGGAAAUCAGCUCCAUGAGAAGGAUCUUGGAUGCUGCAGAAUUUAUCAAAUUCACAGUCAUUAGACCACUUCCAGGCCUUGAGUUCAGCAAUGUGGGAAAAAGAAAGAUAGACCAAGAAGGCCGUGUAUUUCAAGAAAAGUGGGAGAGAGCAUAUUUCUUCGUGGAAGUGCAGAAUAUCCCUACGUGUUUAAUAUGCAAACAGAGCAUGUCUGUGUCAAAGGAAUACAACCUAAGACGCCAUUAUCAAACCAACCACAGUAAGCACUAUGACCAGUAUACUGAGAAGAUGCGUGACGAGAAGCUUCAUGAGUUGAAAAAAGGACUCAGAAAGUAUCUCUUAGGGUCAUCAGAAAUUGUGUGUCCUGAGCAAAAACAAGUAUUUGCAAAUGUGGGUCAAAAUGAAAAUGCUGUGGUGCAGCCCGUAGAAGAUGUGACUGGGAACUUAUGGGAGAAGUUGCGUGAAAAAAUCAAAUCAUUUGUGGCAUACUCUAUUGCAAUCGAUGAGAUCACAGAUAUUAAUAAUACCACUCAGUUGGCCAUAUUCAUCCGUGGUGUUGAUGAGAAUUUUGAUGUGUCAGAAGAACUUUUGGAUACGGUGCCUAUGACAGGUACAAAAUCUGGAAAUGAGAUAUUUUUGCGUGUUGAGAAAAGUCUUAAAAAGUUUAAUAUCGACUGGUCAAAAUUAGUAAGUGUGGCCUCAACUGGCACCCCUGCCAUGGUAGAUGCGAACAAUGGACUUGUUACAAAACUUAAGUCCAAGGUGGCAAUGGUUUGCAAGGGUUCAGAUCUGAAAUCCGUUUGCUGCAUUAUUCAUCCGGAAUCACUUUGCGCUCAAAAGUUAAAGAUGGACCACGUCAUGAAUGUGGUAGUUAACUCUGUGAACUGGAUAUGUUCCCGUGGACUGAACCAUAGCGAGUUUACAACUUUGCUUUAUGAACUGGACAGCCAAUAUGGCAGCCUCCUAUACUACACAGAGAUCAAGUGGCUCAGUCGUGGGCUGGUGUUGAAAAGAUUUUUUGAAUCGUUGGAAGAAAUUGAUUCCUUCAUGUCAUCCAGAGGAAAACCCCUUCCUCAACUGAGCUCUCAAGACUGGGUCAAAGACUUGGCCUUCUUGGUUGAUAUGACGAUGCAUCUGAACACUUUAAACAUUUCUCUCCAAGGGCAUUCACAAAUUGUUACACAAAUGUAUGACUUGAUUCGGGCAUUUCUGGCUAAACUGUGCCUUUGGGAAACUCAUCUGGCAAGGAAUAAUCUGGCCCACUUUCCCACACUGAAAUCAGUUUCUAGAAGCGAAAGUGAUGGCCUGAACUACAUUCCCAAAAUUGUGGAAUUAAAGACUGAAUUCCAGAAAAGACUGUCUGAUUUCAAACUCUAUGAAAGUGAACUGACCCUGUUCAGCUCCCCUUUCUCUGUGAAGAUCGAGAGCGUGCAUGAAGCGUUGCAGAUGGAGGUUAUUGAUCUACAGUGCAACACAGUGCUGAAAGCCAAAUACGACAAGGUGGGAAUACCAGAAUUCUAUAAAUACCUCUGGAGUAGCUACCCAAAAUAUAAAAACCACUGUGCAAAGAUUCUCUCCAUGUUUGGGAGCACCUACAUUUGUGAACAGCUGUUUUCCAUUAUGAAACUGAGUAAAAUGAAAUACUGCUCCCAGUUAAAGGACUCACAGUGGGACUCUGUCCUCCACAUCGCGACAUGAAGAACAUGCUUCCGGCAAUUCCCCAUGGGAUGUAACACCAGAAUCCUCUAGGCCCAUGGGAUUUUGAGAUAGGGAAAUGAGUUAUUAAAUGUUUCUGUUUUUCAAUGUUUUUCAUUAUAACUUGGAAACAUAAUUUACAGUAUCAUACUUGUUUUUUUAAUGAUAUUUUAUGCUUCACUAUA